CCACAAUGGAAAUCGCGCGCCACGCCAAACAGACUCUGCACGCCCCUGCGCUCCAAUUGUAUGCUCUCUGAGAUUCUGAAAUUAAGAGGAAGAAAGACUAGUCCCAAGGCAUGAAUACAAUAUUUAAUAAACGAUAUGUCAACUCUAAGCGUCCGCCUUGCUGUACCUAUUGAUCAUCAAUAGUUGUGUGCUCAAGUUUACCAAGAUCCAAAGUUGUCAGGCAGCGUUCAUUGAACGCAUGCGCAUUGCAUCCACUAUCCAGCUCAAAAUAAGAGUUAAAACAGAAACGAGUGCAGGAGGAGGAGAGCGGGAAGAGAUGACUGACACCCCUCCCAGUGAUGGCCCCUCCCAGGGGGCAGAGUUUGACAUGAUGGGCGCUCUGGACUGGCAGGACGGCAUCGCCACACUGCCUGGCAGCGACAUCAAGUUCCGUAUGACAGAGUUUGGAACUUUGGAGAUUGUGACAGAGCCAGAGGUCAAAGAGUCAGGGCCAACCCCCCAGAACCCCGCCCAGUCGAAAAGCCCCACCCCUCCACCAGAGGCCCAAUCAGAGAGCAGCGCAGCCUCUUCUGCAGCCAAGGAAGUCCAGCCACUUGCACCUAAGGCUCAAGGCCCUGUGCUUCUGUCUCUAGAGGAGGGUCCCAUGGUGGAGGAGCCCAGGGUGGAGGCGGGCCCCAGGGCGGAGGUAUGCCCCGAGGUGGAGGCAGGCCCCAGGGCUGCGAUGGCUAGCUGUAGGUCAUGUGGGGGCUCCGGUCCACUGGAAAGUUUCCUCCAGGGCAAAUACUGCAGCUCCAUUUGUGUCCAGCCCUCCAGUGGCAGGUCAUCACCCGGAGAGCGGAGGGAGAGAGAUGGGGGGGAGGGGGGACUGGGGAAACGAGUGAGGAAGAAGAGGAAGAUCUACAUGGACUCUGGUGAUGAAGAGGAAGACAACCAGGAGGAGGAAGAGGACAAGUCCAAGGCUGUCAAAGGGAGGAGAGCUGCUAAGCUGGCCAAGCUAGUGACAGCCCCACCCAAUAAGAAGCGAUCCUGGAGCUGGCCCUCCUACAUGGAGGAGGAGAAGGCUAUAGCUGCCCCCCUUAAACUGUUCAAGGAGCACCAGUCGUUCCCUCAGAGCAGGAAUGCCUUCAAAGUGGGGAUGAAGUUAGAAGGACUGGACCCCUGUCACCCCUCUCUGUUCUGUGUGCUCAGUGUUGCUGAGAUCCAGGGUUAUAGGGUAAGGCUUCAUUUCGAUGGGUAUCCAGAGUGUUAUGACUUCUGGGUAAAUGCUGACACCUGGGAUGUGAAGCCGGCGGGCUGGUGUGAGAAGAUGGGACACAAGCUGCUACUGCCUAAAGGUUGUAAGGAUGGGGAGUUCAACUGGAACAUGUAUGUGAAGAACUGCAGAGGUCAGCUGGCCCCCAAACACCUCUUCAAGAGCCUCAACACGUCGGUGACUCCGUCAGGGUUCCGUGCGGGUAUGAAGCUAGAGGCGGUGGAUAAGAAGAACCCAUAUCUGAUCUGCGUAGCGUCCAUCGCGGCUGCUGUUGACAACAGACUCCUCAUACACUUUGACAACUGGGACGACACCUAUGACUACUGGUGUGAUGCCAGCAGUCCCUACAUCCACCCUGUAGGCUACUGUGAGGAGGCUGAGCUGACCCUCACCACCCCUGCUGAGUAUAAGCACCCAAGGAGUUUUUCCUGGGAUAAAUACAUGGAGGAGACUGGCACACAGGCAGCCCCUGCACGUGCCUUCAAACUGCGUCCGUGCCAUGGGUUCCAGGCUGGAAUGAAGCUGGAAGCUGUCGAUAAGAGGAAUCCCAUGCUCAUCCGCGUAGCAACCAUCGCAGAGGUGGAGGACCACCGACUGAGGAUCCAUUUCGAUGGCUGGAGUGAAGAGUACGACUACUGGGUGGAUGCUGACUGCCCAGACCUGCACCCUGUGGGCUGGUGUCAGAAGACGAGUCAUCCCCUACAACACCCCUCCAAUGGCUCCACUGAUAUGCUGGUCCUCCCAGGGCAGGGCUGUCCUACCCCAGGAUGCAAUGGGGUAGGUCACAUCCGAGGACCCCGCUACGGAACCCACUACACGGGGGUGAGUUGUCCGUACUCGGAGAUGAACCUGAACAGGGAGGGCCAGGUACCAGACCGUCUGAGUGGAGAACGACCUAUGACCCUGAGUGGACCUCAUCACCGUGGGCGACGCCCAGACCCUCCUGUACACACCCAGACAAACAGCCCCACCACACCGGAGCAGCCCGAGCCUGCAGACGACUCCCCUCAGACCAGUGUAACUAGGGGGCCGACGGUUGACGAGGGCGAACAAUCCAGGUGCAGCAGUCAGAGUGAGCCACCAGGGGGCUCCACUGAGCCCAUCAACGACGGAGCCAAGGCCAAGAGGUCUGCUCCAGUCCCAAAGUAUCUGAAGCUGCACGUCGUCAAGCAGGAGAGUGGAGAUGGGAAAGACUCCCUGUCUCUCCAGCAGGCGCUCCAUGAGUCAGUGUUCUCCCCGGGUGGCUCCUCCUCUCCCCCUCACAGGGUGGCUCUGUGCUGGGACAAACACUGCCAGCUGCUCCCUGAGGUCCUGGGCCUCACAGCUAAGAGAGUUGCAACCUGGACCGCCGACGAGGUGGCCAGUUUUGUCAAAGGGCUCCCGGGCUGUAAAGAGCAUGCUGCCACCUUCAGGACAGAGCAAAUGGAUGGAGAGGCCUUCCUGCUUCUCACCCAAGCAGACAUAGUCAAGAUCCUGUCAAUCAAACUAGGCCCUGCCCUCAAGAUAUACAACGCCAUACUCAUGCUGAAGAACGCUGAUGAGGAGUGAGACGCCCCCUGACGCUUCAUUUCCUCCCACACCCGACCGCUGUAUCUGAAUAGUCUAGAGAAGUUUAAUCUCUUUCUUUGCCUCCUCACCUUAUUCUCUUUGGUCUUCAUCUGCACUGAUCUGAGCCCGUAGGAUAGGUCAGAGCAACGUAAUGGAUGGCCACCAGGAAUCUGCUUUCAGCUAUCCUGUUCUUCCACAUCAGUGUAGAGGAGUAGAGAGGAUGUACCUGGUGUCAGUGUAGAGAGGAUGUACCUGGUGUCAGUGUAGAGGAGUAGAGAGGGUGUACCUGGUGUCAGUGUAGAGGAGUAGACAGGAUGUACCUGGUGUCAGUGUAGAGGAGUAGAGAGGAUGUACCUGGUGUCAGUGUAGAGGAGUAGAGAGGAUGUACCUGGUGUCAGUGUAGAGGAGUAGACAGGAUGUACCUGGUGUCAGUGUAGAGGAGUAGAGAGGAUGUACCUGGUGUCAGUGUAGAGGAGUAGAGAGGAUGUACCUGGUGUCAGUGUAGAGGAGUAGAGAGGAUGUACCUGGUGUCAGUGUAGAGGAGUAGAGAGGAUGUACCUGGUGUCAGUGUAGAGGAGUAGAGAGGAUGUACCUGGUGUCAGUGUAGAGGAGUAGAGAGGAUGUACCUGGUGUCAGUGUAGAGGAGUAGAGAGGAUGUACCUGGUGUCAGUGUAGAGGAGUAGAGAGGAUGUACCUGGUGUCAGUGUAGAGGAGUAGAGAGGAUGUACCUGGUGUCAGUGUAGAGGAGUAGAGAGGAUGUACCUGGUGUCAGUGUAGAGGAGUAGAGAGGAUGUACCUGGUGUCAGUGUAGAGGAGUAGAGAGGAUGUACCUGGUGUCAGUGUAGAGGAGUAGAGAGGAUGUACCUGGUGUCAGUGUAGAGGAGUAGAGAGGAUGUACCUGGUGUCAGUGUAGAGAGGAUGUACCUGGUGUCAGUGUUGAGGGGUAGACAGGAUGUACCUGGUGUCAGUGUAGAGGAGUAGAGGAUACAGAGAGGAUGUACCUGUGGUGUCUGUUGGAAGAUCUUAAUUGCAUACUCCUCGUGUCCUCUCCUCGUCUCCUUCUUAAAACCCAUUGGAUGAGAGAGCCAGAGGAGAGAGGACGCGAGGAUUAUGCAAUUGAGAUCUUACAUGUCAGACAUCACAGUCAACCCAAGAAAGUGUUUUAUACUAUAACAUAGCAACAAUUAUAAUUUAAAGGGGCAAUCUGGAGUUGAAACAAUUACAAAGCAGUAACCCCACCACUGUUUUGGCCAAAAGCUGAGGGAUGGAUGGGGCUGGAGAAAUGUUACCGCUCUCAAAUUCAUAGACAGAACUAUGUAUACAAGGACUGACCAUCAAAAUGAUGUUUUGAGGCUAUACAGUGUUUGUUUACAUUUACUUUGUUUACCAACAUUGAAGAUGAACAAGCUUAUAUUUGGUGUUUUGGGGUUCUGAUGGGGUACGACAGUUGAACUAAGCUCAUGAGGCAUUUAUAAGAUAUUCUUUGAGAAUCAAAAAUGUAUGUAGCAACUGCAGAUUGCCCCAUGAACUUAAAUGUUUUUCUGAGUGAGUAAGAAAUGAGUAGUGGGCACCUUUAAAGUUCAGGCAUCUUUAAAGUAUUGAUAUUGAAUUAAAUUUGAAGGUAGACUCAGUGAAAUGACGUUGUCACGAGCAGCUCCACAGAUAUUGAGAUGAGUGAGAUGCAGGACCUCACACACGGUGUCUGCGGAACAGGAGGCUGGUGGCUUUUUAAUUGGGGAAAACGGGCUCAUAGUAACGGCUGGAACGGAAUCAAUGGAAUGGUAUUGGUUUCCAUGUGUUUGAUAGCAUUGCAUUCACUCCAUUCCAGACAUUACUAUGAGCCGUCCUCCCCUCAGAUGUGGAUGGGUUCGCUUCACACUGUUCCCUGGCCUGGCUACCGGGAAUCAAAACAGCGGAGAAGUUAAGCCUCGCGCUUUAACUCUCAUAGUUGUUGUGGGAAUUGAUCCUCGCAACCUUCCGGUUACUAGUCCAACGCUCUAACCACUAGGCUACGCUGCCGCCCCACAUCUACGUCAUAUCGCUGCAUCCACCUUUAAUAUUAUCAUUUUAAAAAGAAUAAUGUUUGAGGAAAUGGUGCUGAGCCCUGAGCAGAUGGAACCAGAUUAGUCCAAACAUGUUUUUACUGGAAUACUUGAGUUCUUAUUUAUUGUUGUGAAAGAAACUCACCAUGUAGUUUACCUCUCUGUCAGAUGGAUACAUUCCUCUACGUCCAGGGCAGGAAGAGGUUGGCACGUCUCAAGGCUUGGGUGGAGGGAGAGGAUUGGUUUGUGUGUGUGUGCGUCAGUCAGUCAGAUGUUUAUUUAAAAGGGUGAAUGUUAUAGCAUUGGAACUUUAAGGAAAGCUGGACUUCAGGACUAAUUCAACUGAAGAGAGAUGUGUUUCUAUGUACCUGCUUUAGAGCUAAUGGUAAAACACUAAUGAAAUUGGAAUGUAAAGAAGGAAAGACAAAAUUCAUCAAUUUGUUCUGAAUGAAUAUUGUUUCCUGUUUCAUUGAUCUUUGUGUACACCGUGUAAAUAGUGUAUUAUAGCUCUGGGGUUGUGACACCCUGCAUCCCUAUAGGAAGUGGUUAUUUGGAAGCUUAUGCAAAUCAAUACCAAUCUUUUCCAAGAAAUUAAAAAUGUAAUUUUUUUUUAUUGAACUGAGGAAUUCAUCUUUUAAAGCUUGAGUGAAAUUUUGUAAACUAUUUUAUUUUGUCAAUCUCCUCCGUGCGAUAUCUUGGAAGUGUGUUGCAAUGAGCCUAAAUGUGUUUAUCAACCAUAUAGUUUAUAUUCAAAACCGGGAUUUCUGUAUUUUAAUUUAAGGGGCAUUGAUAAGUGCUGUUGACUUGUGAGAUGGUGUGAGUGGUGUAGGUGCAGAAUGGCUUGUGUUUGCUGGAGUGUGUGAAUGGAAUGGAAUAAAUGAAAUGCAGUCUC